GCAAUGGUUUAGAAUUUCAUAGCGCAGACGAAAACUUAUGACCUUGUUUACAUUUCUUGUCAUAUUUUAAUGAGCAGACCUGAAUUACUCACUCUGUUUGAUAAGAGAAGUGCUGAACCAAGAUGAAUGGUCUUUCUUCCGAAAAUCUCAAUUCGAAUCACUCCGCAAGUAACAUGGCUUCUAUUAACAAUCAUAGCAAUUUAAAAAAGCCGAUUCGUGUUUGGUGUGAUGGAUGCUAUGACAUGGUACAUUUUGGUCAUGCAAAUCAAUUAAGACAAGCGAAAGCAAUGGGUGAUUACUUAAUAGUUGGUGUUCAUACCGAUGAAGAAAUAACCAAACAUAAAGGUCCUCCUGUUUUCAAUGAACAAGAACGCUACAAAAUGGUUAGAGCUGUAAAAUGGGUUGAUGAAGUAGUUGAAGCUGCUCCAUAUAUAACAACAAUUGAAACUUUGGACAAGUAUGAUUGUGAUUUCUGUGUUCAUGCUAAUGACAUUACACUUGAUGCGGAUGGACAAGAUACAUAUCGUUAUGUCAAAACUGCUGGUAGAUAUAAGGAAUGUGAAAGAACUGCUGGAGUAUCUACUACAGAUCUUGUUGGAAGAAUGCUUCUCUUAACUAAACAGCAUCAUAAUCGCGGAGAUAAAGAGUAUGGCAUUGAUAAUGAACAUGUGGGAAACAUUAGUAGAGAUUCUAGUACCCAUAGUCCCUGGACUGGUAUUUCCCAAUUUCUACCAACUACUCAAAAGAUUAUACAGUUUUCUGAAGGAAAAGAACCACAACCUGGUGAUCGCAUCAUUUACGUUGCUGGGGCCUUUGAUCUUUUCCAUGUUGGUCAUGUAGAUUUUCUACAAAAAGCCAAGGCUGAAGGGGAUUAUGUUAUUGUAGGCCUCCAUACUGAUCCUGUUGUUAACAGGUACAAAGGAAGUAAUUACCCAAUAAUGAAUCUUCAUGAAAGAGUUUUGAGUGUUCUUGCCUGCAAGUAUGUGAAUGAAGUAGUUAUUGGUGCACCUUAUGCUGUUUCUACAGACUUAAUGGAGCAUUUUAAGGUUGAUUUAGUUUGUCAUGGCCAAACUCCAGUAAUGUCUGAUGUAAAUGGAGGUGAUCCAUAUGAGGCCCCCAAACAGUUAGGCAAGUUCAAACAACUGGACAGUGUCAAUGAUAUGACUACUCAAAAAAUAGUAGAAAGAAUUAUUUUGCAAAGAUUGGCGUAUGAAAAAAGAAACAAACUGAAAGAGGAGAAAGAAAUUGCAAUUUUAGAUGCAAUGAAAAGAUUGUAGCAAUGUCAAAAAUAUAUUAGGCUUCAAAAUUUCUUCCAAUAAGUAAUAGAAAUUUUUAAGUGCCAUUUCAUUACAAAAAAUUUUAACUCAUGCUGUACAAGCUUUAUGUGAUAAGCAUAUUCACAUACACAAUAGUUUGUUAAGAGACUACAUAUGCUUAUGUUGAUAAGAGUUCUAAUCUGCAUGUACUAAAUAUUUGUUUUUACUGAUAUUUUCUUUCGGUUGACUUAAAAUAAUACUUGUGUAAAUAUUGCAAUUUUAAAUUUAACUUCUUUUAAGAAUUCAAAGAAAUAAUUAGAAAAAUGUGCAUACUAGAGUUUAAAACUAAAGAUUCAAAUUAUAACUUUUUAGGGAUGUGAUUUGAAUAAACAAGUUUUAAACAUUCAUUCAAAUUUUAUAAUUCAAACAUAUUACUGACUGACGUUAUUAUGAAUAAGUUAAAGUUAAAAAUUUUAAUUAUGUUAAAGUUGAAAAUUUUAAUCCAUGGAUUAAAAUAGAAUUUCUAAAUUUUAUUCUAAUUAUUCUUAAUUUCGGAUUAAAAUGAAUUAUUAAAAAUGUUAAUAAGUAGAUUAUAAUCUCUAAUUGAAACUAAUGUUACAAUGGCUCAGAGGAUUUUAUUUAAUCAACAAAAUAUGAAAUUAACUGAUUCAAAUUUACAGAUUGUAAUCAAUUAAUCUUGGCAUAAAGAUAGAUCAAUGGUAUUCUAACCACAGAUUCAAAUUAAUUAAAUAUAAUGAACUCGUUUGAUUCAACACAUUAUAACCAAU